AUGUCGUUGACUGCCGCCUGCCGCGUCAAGACCGUUGCUAAACAAGACUCCAAGGGCGAAUACGGCGUCUCCUCGCCGCCCCCGAAGCGGCACCUCCAACACCCCUCGGCGCUGCCGCAGUCCCCCGACGUGAGCGGCGUGCACAUCUCGUGCGAUCCCUCGGCCGAGUAUGUUAUUGUUGUGUCCAUGUACGAAGUCCACAACGACCGCAUCUACGACCUCCUCACCCCGCCCAUCAAGUCGGCUGCCACCAAGGACAUGCGCCGCCGGCCCCUGCUCUUCAAGUCGACGGAGCUGUCGCCCGACCGCAAGGUGGUGGCUGGCCUGCGCAAGGUGGUGUGCACGAGCCUCAGGGAUGCCAUACUGGUGCUCGAGGCCGGUCUGCUGGAACGCAGGGUCACGGGUACGGGCAGCAACAGCGUGUCGAGCCGCAGCCACGGCUUCUUCUGCUUCGAGGUCAAGAAGCGCACGCGCAGUCGCAGAGCCGGCGGGCACUGGGGCGGCAGCAGGCUCACCAUUGUCGACCUGGCGGGCAGCGAGCGGGCCAGGGAGGCCAAGACACAGGGCGCCACGCUGGUCGAGGCCGGCAAGAUCAACGAGAGUCUGAUGUAUCUGGGGCAGUGCCUGCAGACGCAGAGCGAGUUGGGCACAUCUACCAAGCCGAAUGUUGUUCCCUACCGACAGUGCAAGCUGACCGAGCUGCUCUUUUCCAACUCAUUCCCAUCUUCGUCGUCGUCGGCCACUCAUCCGCAAGGCCCGCGGCGAAACCCCCAGCGCGGCGUCAUGAUUGUCACGGCCGAUCCGCGAGGCGACUUCAACGCCACGUCUCAGAUCCUGCGAUACAGCGCGCUCGCCCGCGAAGUGACCGUGCCGCGCAUCCCAUCCAUCACCGCCACCAUCCUCGCCACGUCGCCGCCCCUGGGCAACCCCAUCGCCCCGAGCAGCACGGCGCAGCAGCAGCCGCACCACCACCCGCGACCCUUCAUGCCCCCCGGCGGCUCCAGCUCGUACCGCAACCACACCCCGCCGAUGAACGCCGACGAGCGCGCGACCAUGGAAAUCGCGGCGCUGGAAAUCGCGCGCAUGAGCGACGAGAUCGACCAGCUGCGCGACGAGGUCGAGACGCAGACGGACGCGCGCAACGUCGCCGAGGCGCACCUCCUCAGCAUGGAGGACCGCCUGCUGGACCUCGAGGCCGCCAUCCGCGACGAGUGCGCGACCGAGUUCGAGCAGCGCCUGGCGCUCGAGCUGGCGCGCUUCAAGGCCUCGCUCGCGCUCGAGCAGGAGCGCAGCGAGGAGCACUGGGACCGCAAGGUGGACGUGCUGGAGCGCGGCCUCGACGCCGGCGGCCUUGACGCGGACGCCGGCGGCGACGCCGACAAGGAGAAUGUGCUGGUCGAGGACCUGGCGCAGGAGGUGGAGCGGCUGCGCAGGGAGAAUGCUGUGCUGAAGAGGGAGCUCGCGGGGAGGACGCCGUGCAGGCGCGCGCCCCUGGCUGAGAGGGAGGACAUCUCUGCGUCGGGCCACCCGCCGCCGCCGCUGCAUGGUAACGGCAACGGCGCGGGUGCGAGUACAAACAGCGCCUCGAACUCGCCGGUGGGCAGCCUGGGCCGCAGGCUGGAGAGGAUGAGGGUCGGGAGCCCCGCGGCGGACUCGCAGCUGCAGCUGCAGCAGCGCGCGAGGGACGUGAGCGGCAGCCCGAUCAAGAAGGUGCGGAGGCUGGCCGCGAAGCGGUGGGAGGAGGUGGACGAUCAGUGA